CUCAGGCUUGGGAGCUGUCCAAGAUGCUGAUGCCAUUGCUGAGAUUUAGUUUUUGUAACGCUGGUCUCCUGAGGAUGUUCCUGACAAAGCCAAGAGUCGCCAGUGCAUUCCUGACUCCACUCUCUGUUGUGCAUUUACAUGUGCAAGUUGGAGCCAAGGCUGAACUGAAAAAGACGUUUACACCGAAGGAUGUUUUUACCUUUUCUGCCUUAACAGGGGACACAAACCCAUUGCACCUGGAUGAAGACUAUGCAAAGAGGACACAAUUUGGGAGAACGGUGGUACAUGGUGUUUUGAUCAACGGACUCAUCUCGGCUCUUCUGGGCACCAAAAUGCCAGGGUACGGCUGUGUUUUCCUUUCUCAGGAAAUUAAAUUUCCUGCCCCGUUGUAUGUUGGCGAAGAGGUCUUGGCUUCAGCAGAAGUGAAGAAACUGAAGAGAUGUCUUGCUUAUAUUUCAGUGUCAUGUGUAGCCGUUCAAAGUGGCAAGACUGUAAUGGAGGGUACUGUUAAAGUCAUGCUGCCGGAGGAUCAGAAAUCCCAGAACUGAUAAUCCUAUAGUCAAAGACCUGAGUGAUGUGCUUUGGUAUAUAUCUGAUAACUUUUAAGGGGAAAACAUUGCUAGUUGUUCAUUAGUAAUAUACAAAACAAUAACAAGUGCAUCCUCUAUGUUCCUCUGUCUCGAAUCACUAGGGGCAAUCUUGCCCCAUUUUAAGAAAGUUGUGAAAUCCUAAAUUGUUGGGAAACAAUUAGUUUAAUCCUAAUGCUUUGGCAUUGGCCUCUUGAUUUUUAAGGCUAUAUAGAGAAGACAUAUUUUAUCAGCAACCAGUAACUUUUGGUGAGAAGCUUCACAAAGCAGCUGCUCAAAUAGAAAUCCAAAGCAGAAUGUGAAUUGCUUUGGAACUUGCUUGAUCUGACUCAGAUGAUUUGGCCAAAGAGAACUCAAGAGCAGUCAUGUUUGGUUGGACCAGCUUUCCAGUAGCUCUGCAUUCUGUCAAUGCCAGUGGCAAUUCAGAUGUCUUGGCUAGGGUAAGACAAUAGGCAAACUCCCUUUCCUGAUAAUAAUCACUAUCAUCAGUGAUGUGAAGUUUGGUGCAGACAGGCCUGUCUUCAAUGUGUAUAUUGAGCCCAAUCUUCUUCCUUAAGCCAUUUAUGUUAAUGGAUUUUGCACCAUCUUGUGCAAUAGAAUUGAUUAGGUACCAUGUGAAAUCAUUUUUGAGUUUUGUGCAUCUUGAUAUUGUUGUCUGCCCCAUUCUUCAUGGUUGAAGGAAGAAUAACUUCAGCCUUGGUUCAUCCUGACUAUGUGAAGCUAAAUUUCCUUUCCCUGGAUAAUCUCUGAUGGCAUGUGACCAAGCAAUCUGUAUGGGCUAAUUGAUGAAACAUAGGUGCAAAAUUGGCCUGCUUUACAAAAUUUCAAAGUAAAACAUUACUUGUGCAGGCUCAAGCCAUGAUACACUUCUUACAAAGGUAUUUUGUUUCAAGUGGCUUCAGUAGCCUCAAGCUGACCCUGGGGUCUUAAGGUUCUCCAAAUCCUAGAGCAGCCUUCUGUUCUCUUAUGCACUCAUCUCAUUAAAUAACACAAAGGGAGCUAGUGCUUCUCUUCUUAAAGCCUAGAAACCUGUCCUGAUGAGGAGAUCAGAUCUCCACGUCUCUUAGUCUCUGGACUGAGCUGAAUCAUGAAUUAUGGGCACCAGAGCUUCUGCAUCUUCACAAGUUAAAUGCUAAUGUUUGCUUUUUGAAAAAAUGUCUGAUUUACAUCUUGUUAGGAGUAGUGCGAUUGUUUUCCUCAAGGUAUUUGUCAGAAAUUGAGCUUCAUUGAAUCCAUUGAUUAGAUUUGGUAGUGGUGAGGAGGCGGCACUAGGGUCUUGUUUCUUGAGUUUACUUUUCCAAGCUUUAUUCACAAAGAUUAGAUGCACAUUUUCACAGAGUGGUAUGCUAGGAAGCAAUUUUCUCCAUGCAACACCAUUUUUUCUGAGCAGCAUUCGCCUAUCUGAAACCCAAACAUUAGAAGUUGUGAAAAUUCAUUGACAUUGGUGGCCUUAAGGAAGUUGGUGAUGGGUAUUAAAGUGUAUGACUUUGUGCUGAGGACUGGUGUAAUGGACAUGGUAUAAUCCCUGCUUUAAUGAGAAAGCUGAUCAACAUGCUGUUGGUCUAAUGAAAGAACAGUUUUUCCUUCUGUAGAUAAUUAACGGAGAGUAAUCAGGAAAUACAGUUCUCUAUGGCAGAUUUAUUCUGAUCUGCAAAGGUGGGAUUAAAGCAACAGAGCAGUAUCAGCAAUAUUUUAGCAGGGUGUUUAGCUAAAAGGCAGGAAGAUGUUUUGUCUCACUACUUGGUAUAUAUGUCAUGGGUCUGGAUUAGGAUUCUUUUUUCCAGGUUGAUUAAAGUUGCAUUUCAUUUGAA